AUGGGUCAAUUCCAUACCUUGGCACAACGUCCUACAUUAUCUCAAACUGAUAAUUUUGCAUUUCUUCUAGAAGGUACAUUCAAUGUGAAUGAUUCGUUCCAAUUUGAUAUAGAUUCGUCAAUUACUCGUAACAAAGAUGAUGGUGACUAUAAUCAUUUGCUUUCUUUUUACCAGAAUGAUUCCAAAUAUUUGGAUUUACACUUAAAUAAUAUACAGUAUCCUUUUGUUAUUCAAAAAUGUAUCCCAUUUAGAUACAAUAAAGAUUGUAAAAAAUAUUACCAAAUGAUUCAAUUUUAUAUAAAGAAGAAAAUGGAUAGUGUUAAUUCAUCUAAUGGAAGUGCUCCUUUCUACUCAAAAUAUAAUUUAGAUAGAGAAAUUUAUUCCAAAUUUGAGAUUGAUAAUGAAGGUAGUAGUAGUAUUAAUAUUGAUUCGUUAUAUGAUUCAGAUAUAGAAAAUCUUAUUCUGGAUGAUGGAAAGGAGGUACAAAAAGAAGAAGAAGUAAGAAAGGAAAACGAACAAGAAAGGAAGGAAGAAUUCAAUAAUGAACCAAGUUUUUUUCAAUCUUGUACAGAUAAGUUUCUAAGAAGUACAGAUAAACUACAUCAAGCGAUCAAUGAUACAAUCAAUGAAACGUAUCUUUUAAUAAGCAAAAAGUUUAUUUACCUUAUUGAAUCUCAUGUAAUUUAUCCUAUCUUUGAGUUUUCAGAUUUAUCUGUUUUUAGACCAAAUCUGUACCCAAUGGAAGUAAACAACUUUUUUAAGAUUUGGGAUGAUAGAAUCUUGGCUAUCACUAAAGAGGGGAUUUUUGUAUCUCUAAUGUUAUCGAACUUUGAUUCAAUUAACUAUCAUGAUCUUCUAACAUCAAACUAUAUUAGCCAUAAUAGCAUAAAUAGCAGUGACCAUCCAAUAAAAGUAACACAAUAUUGGAACUUAAAACUCGGGAAGUAUUGGAAAAUUGUAACUUCACCAUAUCAUAAUCUAAUUUGUACGAUUCAAUAUAAGCCAAAUGAAGCAGUAGCACAAUUCAUGACAAAUCUGUCUAUAAAAAUAUUCUGUUGGAUUGAUCAAAUAGAAAUUAAAUUGAUAGAUUCCUUAUUAUUACCUUAUGGAGAUAGUAUUAUUGCCUAUACUUUCAUGCCAUCCAAACAACCUAUAUUGAUUCUUUGUGUUAGUGGUCCAGAGGGGCUCAAGCUGAUUCUUAUCCAAUGGGACCGAGACAAUUUGCAUAUAAUAAAAAAUACUGUUAUUAUGGAUUUACAUGUCGCUGCCGAUAUCUCAAAUAUUAUACCUAUUAAUAAGACUCACAUUUUAAUUUGUUCAUCAGAAAUGGGUUUGUAUGUCAUAUCAUUAAAUGAUAUCUAUGACAAUAAAAUUCAUAUUAAUAAAUUUUAUAUAAAAAAAAUUGGACCAAUUUUAUCAUGGUUCCAUUCAUUUGAGAUUUUACCAUUAUUCUAUAAGAUUGAUCCCAAAUUUAAAAAAUAUGAUCAUUGUGUUCUAUUUUCGGAUGGAAGUGACACAAUAUAUUGUAUACUGAGUGUAAAUAAUAGCGCUGAUUUGGAUAAUAUUGAAAUUUUCUCUUUAGCGGCCGUAAAAGGUUUAACAUCUAUUGCACCAAGUUAUCAUCAAAACGAUGAUUUUUUAAAUAACUUUAAUUUGGUAGUAACAUGUUUCAAUAAAUGUAUUGAAAUCACCAUAAAUCUUAAAGAGAUGGUUUAUAUUGAUAAAAUGAUUUCAAAUGAAGACGGAAAUCAUGCAUAUUAUACGCCACCUUCAAAAAGAUCAAUUAUUUCCACAAGAACUUUGUGUUCGAUGACUCAGCCUCAACAGACUGGUAUCAUAUCUGUGAAUUCCAAAGAAGAGACCUGGAUAACUAGUGAUUCGAUAAUAAGUCAAGUUCAACCAAUUCCGUUUUUGUUUACUAGAAGAACACGUCAGAUUAAUCCUGUAAUUCAUGAUUUCAAUAGGUAUAAUAGUAUUGUGUAUGUUAAGGGGAAUGAUUUACUAGGUCUUAAUCUAUUACUGGCCACAGACGGUAAAACUUUGUCAAGAUGCUAUGUUAUAGAGACAAAACAUUUAGAAGACUCAUGGUCAGGAGAGCAGUCUCAUUACCAUUUUUUAGAAGUUGAUGAUUUAUUACCGAAGAACAAUAGGGGAACAUUAUUCAUGCUCGUUUAUGACAACUUUGUGGUUCAAUUGACUAGUGAACAGCUGUUAACACGAUCUUUAAUAAGUCCAUUUGAGACAAAAAUAAUAUUUACUGUUACACCAAAUUGUAAUCUUGACAAUUUUACGUUCCAAGAUAAUAAAUUAAUUAUAUGGGAUUCUGAAAAUUGUAGAGUGUGGUGUGUUAACGAUUUAUCACAGAUUUUUAUUUCGGAAUGUAAAGAAAUACAAACAUUUAAUAAAUUAAUUAAAAAUCACUCUAAUUUUUCAUUCCACAUUACUUCUUUGAAAUCCAAUUUAGAUGAUCAUACUGUAGUUUUGAGAAGUCCAAAGGGAAUAUUUUCAAUACCAUGGAGAGAUUUUGUAUCCAAUAACAGCGAUAAUAUAACAUUGGUUAAAUCUCUUCCGAUUCAUGAUUUUGUUAUGUGUAAUGAAAGUUUAUGUAUAUUUUUAUAUUACAACAAUGCUCAAAAGCCAAUGAUAAGGAUAACUGAUUUAACUACAAAGCAUGUUUCUUUCUGGGAUCACAUCUCUCUUAGUUUUAAAUCAGGGGAAAAAUUUCAACUUAAGUCAUUAAAUGAAAUCACAAUAGCUCUUUUUAGCACACGUUGUUUUUAUCUGAUUUACUUGAACGAUUUACAUGACAUUGUUUGUGAGGAGGUACAAUUUCCAUUCUUUAAUCGAACGGCUGUAUUGUUGGAUUUGUUUUAUAACCAAUCGAAUAAUACAUUAUUCUGUUUAUAUGAUGACGGUCUUAGAAUACUAAAACUAACGUAUCUGAGUCAGUCAAGGAUGGAUUAUAUUUUACUUAAAACUAAGGACAAAAAUAAAAUAUUUUUGUAUUUGGAAAAGUUAAAUAGAUUACUUAUUGUCCAUCCUCAAAGAAAAUAUUGGUAUUUAAUGAAAUUAGAAAAUGGCACAAUUCGUUCCUUAGAUUCACAAAUCUUACAAGUUGAGAAAUAUCCAUUACAACAAGUGAUUGAGAUUAAUAAUAACACCUCUGACUCUUCUUUAAUAUUAAGAUUUCAAAAUUGUAUCAAAUACGUAACACUCAUGGCCAAAAAUAAUAAAAUUACUGUCAGAAUUUUAGAUUCAUUGAAAACAAAUUUAUCAUUUCCUAAUAAUAAACUUGUACCUACAAAUAAUCAAGAUGUAAUUGCUAUGAUAGGAACAGAUAAAGAACCUAAAAAUACAGAUAGAGAUGUCACUCUGCAUUUGCCAGAUUCCAGCCAAUAUGAAAAUAUCAAGUGUAAUUUUUUCGAAUAUGCUAUAAAGAAUAAUAAAAUAGUAGUGAAUGAAGAUAUUCCUCUCAAUUGGUUAAAACUGUCUUCAAUAAAAGACUAUUUUGUAUUUGUUGAUAGUAUUGUAAUUAAUUCACCAUCAGGAAUAUCUGUAUAUGUCAAUUUCAAAUGGCCAUUCUAUAAGGAAUUGAUCUCAACUCAAAAGAAAGAGUCAAAUAGUCAAGUGAUAAAAGUUAACGAGAAUAUGGUGCUUGUUAAAGGUUGUCAAAGAGAAGGAAAUAUAUUCAAGUAUAUUUUUGUAUAUGAUGAUAAAAUAUUUGAUGUUGUAAGAAAUCCAGAAAAAUAUCAGGAAGCUUAUAAUAACAAGUCGAUUGAUUUUUGUAGAUUAGAUAAAAGUAAUGUGUUAUACACGGAUUGUACAAUGGGUGAUUCGAUUAAAAGAAAAAUAUGGUCAAAAGAAAAUAGGUUAACUGAAAGGUAUCGAUAUUAUAACGGUGAUACGGUGUUAACGCUUACAGAUGAUUAUGAAUUUAAAAAUCAAAAAAACAUUAAAGACUACAUAAUGGGAUUACCUGUAGUGUUUCCUAAAUUAACACCAGAGCAAUUUAAAUUCUGUCCCAUAGCCUUAGAAAUUCCUGAAGUUGUUUAUUCAAAUUUUGAUGCAAGAAAUAAAAUAUUAUCUAUGCUUUCCAUAGAUGGAUCAUUUAGACAAUAUAAAAACGAAUCUGUUUCUCUUACUUUAGAUGACAAAGAUGAAAACAUUACUAUAAAUAUGAUGAGUCAGUAUAUCCACAGAACUAAUGAAAUUAGAUUAAGUAAGUUUUCAGUAACAACUAAAAAUCAGCAAGGGUUUUUUUGUGGGAACUUACAAGAAAGUUUGGCAGAUUGGUAG